UAUGAUCAUUCACUCCAAUUCCAAACCCCAAACACAAACUAAAAAGCUUCAUCUUCACAAAAUUACCAUUUAAAAAUUAAAAAAGAAAAAAAUGCAGGCAAGUUUGAGUAUUAUUUCUCCUACUCUUAUCCCUUUGAAACCCUCCAAAAAACCUUCUCAAUUGACCCUUUUUCCUUCUAAAUUAAGUACUUCUUUCACUUCCCGUAAUUCUAGUGUCAAAGCAAAUGUUGUGACAACCAAUGAUACGAAUACAGUUAAUUAUAACUCUCAAUUCUCUGUGUUCCCUGCAGAAGCCUGUGAAACAAUAGGUGGAGAGGCAUGUUGGGAAGGCAUGUUUCCUGAAGCAAAGCUUCAACAAAAGCAGACUGACUCAACAUCAACUUCAACAUCAUCUUCAGAGACCUUUGAAAGAGAAUAUUUUGAGUACAAUGAUCCAAAAACAGUUUUUCGAAGAGAGGCUUGUGAUGAUCUUGGUGGAGAGUUCUGUGAGCAUGACUAUCAGAAGAGUGUGUACUAGAGAGAACAUGACUUGGUUUUUAGUGUACACAACACUCUUUUAUUAUGUUAUUAUUUAGUCUUGAAUGUGUAUAAAUAAUAUGAUGAUCCGAAUGAAAAAAAAUAUAUAUAUUUAAGUAGAACAUGAUUGCUAUAUUUAACUUGGAAAGGAUUUAAGGGUAUUAACCAAAGGGAAAUUUGAUUUUCUAUACUUAGAAAAUCAAAAAAAAAUUUCCCUAAACCAAAAAUUUAAAACCUAAAAAAACUAUUCCUUUUUUUUCAAAACCCCAAAAAUACCCCCCUCACAAUAUUCUCUCUCUCUCUGCAUCAUCUCUCUCUCCCUCUAUCUCACCCCAACCGCCCACCCUCACCCGAACCACCCUCACCCACCCACGUCAACCCCAACGCCGAUCACCACCCUCACCCCCGUCGACCACGACCCCAACCCCUCCGACCCCAACCCCAACCCGAAAGAGCAACCCCAAUCCGACCCCAACCCAUCCGACCUCUAUCUCUGAAACUUUUUUUUUUUCCUGCGAUUUGAGAGAGGGAAGAAGACAGAGGUCCGAUGGUCGGACCUUGGGGUCCGAUGGGUCCGAUUGGUCGGACCCCAUCGGACCCCAAGGUCCGACCGUCUUUUAAAUUUUAUUUUUUUUUUCUGCGAUUUGAGAGAGAGAGGAAGAAAGAGGUCCGACCGUCUUUUAAAAUUUUUUUUUUCCUGCGAUUUGAGAGAGAGAGGGGAAGAGAGAGGUCUGAUGGUCGGACCUUGGGGUCCGAUGGGUCCGAUUGGUCGGACCCCAUCGGACCCCAUGGUCCGACCAUCGGACCUGGGGUGUGGGAUUCUUGGGACCGGCCGAAAUAGAGAGAGAAAGAGAGAUGCUGUGAGAGUUUGGGGGUAUUUUUGGGGUUUUGAAAAAAAAGUAUAGUUUUUUUAGGGUUUAAAUUAUUGGUUUAGAAAUCAAAUUUUUUGAUUUUCUAAGUAUAGAAAAUCAAAUUUCCCUAACCAAAAGGUCAAAAUAAUAAUUGGUUGGGUAUUCCUAAUUACAACAUGGUGAAUUGGAGCCCAAGUGACCUUCUCCAUCGUAGCAAAUAAGGUCUUGGUGAACAUUUCUUAGAUGGGGUUGAAACUCUCUUGAACCACAUAGGUAGCUCUUCUCCUUUUCAGGACCAUAAUAAUCAGAGACAUAAUUAAAGAAAGUAAUGAUUAUCCAUCAGUUGGUUAAGUGAGCUCAGAGUAAAGGAAAUAAAGGAGCUCCCAUGUUUUUCCUCUAAAAGAUAUUAUUUGCAUUAAUAUUAUUGUUAUUGUGAUUUUGAUGUGUA